GAAGUUCUCUUUUGGAGCGAUCACUCGAGGUAGUUCACUGGCUGCAGCGGGCAACACUGUUCCACCCGGACCGGGAAUCGGAGAUUUAAAAUUACCACUUGCCUUCAUUGUUCUUUUUUGACUCUGCAGAUGAUUCAGUCGACAAUAAGCCCACCAGGACAAAUAGGAAGCAAGUGUUCUUUUUGUUUCCUUCUUUCUGUAUCUCUUUUUAAACCAUCUGUUGUCACUGUCUCUGGAGUCACCCUUUCGCAACAUGACAAUCCACACCAACCCUAUUCGCCGUAGGCGGACCUUGGCCAGUUGUUCCAUGUCUGAACCACCGCCUUCUCCACGUAUUGGUUACCCCGACUGCCUAGCAAACGAUGAUGGUUGGUCAACCUCUGAAAAAACUGCUGAGAAACUGAACAAAAAGUGCGAAAAAUUGGUGCGAGAGAGAAACACGCUUCGGAUCGAGAAACAAUCGCUGCAGAAGCAGCAAGCGAUGCUGCUUGAGCAACUGGCCCAGGUGGAGCAACUGCUGAGAGAUUAUGCCAAGCUCAUGACAACUGAAAAUAAGCUAUCGCAUCAACAUCCAAUGCCAAGGACGUUUGAUCACAACUCCGGACAGUGGAAAUGUCGAACACGCCACCCACAGCAAGUUCCACCGCUUGGAAAUAACCACAAGCGUCACCUUCACGACGGCAACACAUUACCCGUCACAACGCGCCCGACUUCCCGGCCAAAGCAUAGGUUUUGCUCAAACGGUGAUGCGAGUCCGUACAAGGGAUCAAACGUAAUAAGAAGCUUCCACAAUUUACCCAACCGAACCACGGCUUGUGAAGCGCCUUAUGCUCCUCCAAAUAUGGGAUACACGGUACACCAUGAAAGAGCACGAAUGCGAUCACUCAUGAUGCAAAAUUGCUAUUAUCAGGCCAGUUUCUCCUAUGGUCAGGUCAUGACUCCCCUCAUAGGCGCCUGGGAUGCAAGAUAUCCUAUGCAAGCAACAGCAAUGCCCUAUCUUGCAUUCAACCCGGAAGCGAUUGAUUAUUCUGUAUCGUCCAAUGCGGGACAACAAUGAGGCCAUAACUCUCAUAAAAAAAUAAAAGUGUUCUUU